UCCAUUUCAUUAAUUCGGGCCAACAUCUUUGCGUCGACAGCUAGGUAGUGGUGACCUUUAGUAUCAGCAGCAGCAAGCGUGCAUACGACGACUACCGUGUUUGUCUAAUAAUCAUUUUUUUACAUACUGUGCUUGUAGCAUUACGCUGUAAACUAUUCUUAUUCGCAAUAAUGCUGUGGCUAUCUAUUGCUGUGUUAAGCGUGAUCAUUGUAUCCAGCGAUGCUCUACCUGCGCAGGACUCUGCGGUAAACCUUCGUGCUGCACCAAUGGCCAUGUGGCGUAUGCAAAGGAUCCUGUUGGACGGCACGGCAGAUAAGCGUGAUGGGUCGAAGCUGUUGCUGCUGGAGCCGGGCGCUGUGGAUGAAAUAGGGGUGCGCGACAUUAUGCCCAUCAUUUCAGCGGAAAAGAGAGCACCACCCGCUGGCUUCUGGGGAGCACGGGGAAAGCGGAGCGUGCCAGAUUUCUACGACUAUGGUUUUUAAAUAAACUCUCGUAAAUUUGAAAAUUUAUAACCUACUCUUCCCGACAGAUAUUAUCUGUGUUAUCCAGUGCCAGGAAUAUAACCCGCACUAAUUUUAAGGAUCCUAUUGUGCACUAAUAUUAUGUCAUAGUUGGACUGGAAUUAUUGCAGUUUACCGAGUAUAGCUAUAGUAUUGCUACUAAAUUCCUUCAGUUGUGUUUGCCAUGGCAGAUUUUUAUAAUUGAGUUGGAAAAUGUCAGAAUGUUGUCAGAAUUUUGCAUGGUAUUCGUCAUAAUUUAUUUAUUGCUGUCACGUAUACAGCGCAUCAUUUUCGCCUCAUCCGGAUUUCUUAUGAAAUCCUUUUGCAACAGUGCUAGAUUAGAAAUAUAGUAUUAUGUAAGACUGAGUAUUUAGCAUGACCUUAGAACAAUAAGGUGAAUGUCGGCGACAUUGCUAUUAAAAAAAAGAAAUGA